GAAUAUCGCCCAACAUGUGGCUGACUGAGUCAGGUUUGGGCGAAUCUACGGCAAAUUGCUGUUUCGAAGAUUUGGAUGCAUUUCUGUCGGAUACUUUUUAAUUCGGGCACUGUCGAGAGUGCGAGCGUUGAUGCGCAUAGCACCGCCACGGUGGCCGUUUCGUCCAGGCUGUGAACUCCCUCAUUCGUUCCUGUCGCUCAAGGCCGCCGUAAGAGGCCAUGGGCGGGCAGUCCUCGCAGGUGGCGGUGCUGGUGCUGGCGGCGCUGGCCCUCGUCGCCGCGGGCUACCUCUUCGGCACCACGGGGCUCGCCGCCGCGCCCUCGUCGCUGCUCGACUCGCUCGUCCACGGCUCGCCUAAAGCCGCCGCGGACGCCCUCACAGUGGCGGCGCAGGAGGCAGAAGAGGCGGCGGUGGCGGCGGCGGAGGAGGAGAUUCUGAGCGAGGAGGCGGCGCUGGACGCGCCGGACCCGCGCGCCGCCGUGAACGAGUCGGACCCCGCGGUGCAGAAGGUGAUCGACGAGCGGCGGCGCCGCCGGGAGGCGGCACGGGAGAAGUACAAGGAGGAGCUGCUGGCCAUGGUGCGCGAGGUGAAGCAGGCAGCCGCCGCGCCAGGCGGGCUGCGCGAGGAGGAGACUGUGGCGGACGUGUCGAAUGUGCCGCUGCAGUACGGGGCCACCGAGAUGAGCCAGCUGGGCGCCGAGGGGGGGAAGGGGGAUGCGAAAAGGGUGACUGAGGGGCAAACAAUGGCUGGUAGUCAAUCAAAAGAGGGUGCUUCUACAGAUUCGCCCGGUCCCUCAACAAAGAAAAGGAGACGGCGUUAGGGUGCUUGGAGGGGUGGUGCCUCUGGCUGACGUCCUGUCAUUGCUUCCUGGAGCAUGCUUGGAAACUCUUUGGAUUGGCUUCUCUUGUAUAAUCUUUGCUGUACCGUAAUCUCCCAGCAUGAUCCUGAGAAAGGUUGACUAGAACAGGACAUACAGGGGUAUAUAGCCUAAUGGGUUGUACUCCCUAAGACACAACCCUAUAUAGUCUACUGUAACAUACACUAAAUGUUUGUAUGUUUGACACA